UCGGCCUGCAGCCCCGGAGCAACGAGGGGGACGCUCCUGAGGGAGUGGCCGGCGGGGCGGAGGGAGGAGGGCCGCGCCCGCUGUCUUCCUGCGGCGGGAGAAGCGGGAAGGAGCCUGGCUUAGAGGGGGGAAAGGGAGGAGGAAGGCCGCCUUGCUUCCCACGUCUCUCUCCAGAAGAGCCGCCUCUGGGUUUUGCUGCGUUUCCUCCUGCGCCUUUAAGCAGGUGCGGCCCAGGCAGAGGUCCCACAGGUGAAGUUGUUCUCCUCGGGCGCCUGGGCUUUGGUGGCAGGAGGUGGUCCGCUCUCUGCGUUUCUUCUGCCUGGUUAUGCAAGGAGCAUCAUGGGUGCAGAGGAGGGUUACAGGCAUCCCUUCCUUUAAAGGUUCUUCCUUUGUGGCCAUUGCCUUGUUCCUUGUAUCUGAGGACAAGUAGGGACUUUUAUUCCAUAUUUAUUUUCCCACAGGUGAAGUGGCCCUCGGAUGCUUGUGCUUUGGUGGCAGGAGGUGCUGAUUCGCUCACUGGGUUUCCCCUGCCUCGUUGUGCAAAGAGCAUCAUGGGUGCAGAGUAAUAAUAAUAAUAAUAAUAAUAAUUUAUACCCUGCCCAUAUGGCUGGGUUUCCCCAGUCACUCUGGGCAGCUUCCAACAGGAUAUUAAAAACAAAAAAACAUUAAACAUUAAAAACUUCCCUAAACAGGGCUGCCUUCAGAUGUCUUCUAAAAGUCAGAUAGUUGUUUAUUUCCUUGACAUCUGGUGGGAGGGCGUUCCACAGGGCAGGUGCCACUACCGAGAAGACCCUCUGCCUGGUUCCCUGUAACCUCACUUCUCGCAGGGAGGGAACCGCCAGAAGGCCCUCAGCGCUGGACCUCAGUGUCCAGGCUGAACGAUGGAGGUGGAGACGCUCCUUCAGGUAUACUGGGAUGAGGCUGUUUAGGGCUUUAAAGGUCAGCACCAACACUUUGAAUUGUGUUUUGGAGAGUUACUGGCAUCCUUACUUUAAAGGUUCUUCCUUUGUGACCCAUUGUCGUCUUCUUAUAUUUGGGGACAAGUAGGGACUUUAAUUCCAUAUUCAUUUCCUUCAUGGAUGUUCUGCCUUUCCUCCAAGGCAGCAUGCAUAUAUGGCUCUCGUCCUACUUCAUUUUGUUCUCAUGACGACUCUUGUGAGUUGAGUUAGACUGAGAGAAAAUGGAAUACCUCAAGGUCAUCCAGUCAAGCUUCAUAGCAGAAUGGGGAUUUGAACUCGGGCCUUCCCACUCCCAAGUCUAGCAGAAGUUGCUGGUGGAUAGUUGCCUCUAUGAUCUUGAGAACAAAGAAAGACUUUAAAAAAGAAAAUUCCCAGGGUCAUCCUUUGCCAAAUAAUGUGAAAUAAUUUUCAAUGGCUUUUUAAAAUACUGUAUAUAUAUAUAAAGGGAAGCGUUGAAGAGCUAUUUUUCUGAAUGUGAAAGCUUUUGUGCUAGAACUGUGGCUUCAUUGUAAUUGUAUCUCUCUUUUUUUAGUUCCGUAGAAAGUUGAGACCUCAUUAAGAAAAGUUCUAGGACUCAGUAUGUCAAGGUAUGGUGUAGCUCUGGAGUUUCCCAUUUGGUUAAUGCUGGUGUGUCAGUCUGGAUGCUGCCUCGUGGACUCUAUAACCGCUGCACGUGGUUUUAGCCAUGUGCAUGAUUACAUCAACAAAUCGAACUGGGAUCAAGACUAUUGUGAAAGAAAAAGGAAAGUAUCUCAUUUUGGUGGCUGGAGACUUUCCACAGAAAAAUUCACAGCCACACUUCCCAUUGAUCGUAUUCAAGAGAAUUAUGUUCGUGAAGUGCGAGAUGUCAUUUUUUCAUUUGUCUACCCUACACCAUUUAAAUCGAGAGUUCUGCUUGUAGCUGUCUCAAAGGAAGUCUUGGAAGAUAUUUUGGACCUGGAUGUGUCCAUCUCAGACUCGGAGGACUUUAUACAGCUUGUCUCUGGUGCAAAAAUUGCCUUGGGAUCUCUGCCUCUGGCCCACAGAUAUGGUGGCCAUCAGUUUGGUAGCUGGGCAGGUCAGCUGGGUGACGGAAGAGCCCAUUUGAUUGGUGUUUAUACAAACAGGUUUGGUGACAGUUGGGAACUGCAGCUGAAAGGUUCAGGAAGGACUCCGUACUCUAGGAAUGGGGACGGCAGAGCUGUGCUCCACUCUUCUGUUCGAGAAUUCUUAGGAAGUGAGGCUAUGCAUUAUCUUGGAAUUCCUACAAGCAGAGCAGCUAGCUUAGUUGUGAGUGACGACGACGUGUGGAGGGAUCGGUUCUACAAUGGGAAUGUUAAGAAAGAAAGAGGUGCUAUAGUUCUGCGUGUUGCCAAAUCAUGGUUUCGAAUAGGAUCAUUAGAAAUUUUAGCUCAUUCUGGAGAACUGGAUUUGUUAAGGAUGCUGCUAGACCAUAUCAUAGAUAAGCACUUUCCAUCAAUAGACAUGAAUGAUUCAAACAGAUAUCUGGCCUUCUUCUCUAGAGUAGUGUCUGAGACUGCAGGUCUGAUUGCCUUGUGGAUGUCAGUAGGCUUUGCUCAUGGUGUGUGCAAUACAGAUAAUUUCAGCCUGUUAGCCAUAACUAUAGAUUAUGGUCCAUUUGGUUUUAUGGACUCUUAUGACCCAGAUUUCGUCCCAAACACAUCUGAUGAUGAAAGACUGUAUAAAAUAGGAAACCAGGCAAACGUCGGACUGUUUAAUCUGAACAAGCUGUUACAGGCUCUAAACCCUUUAUUGGCUCCCAGACAAAAGCAGCUGGCUUCUCAGAUACUUGGGGAAUACCCAGAACAGUAUUAUAAACGCUUCACAGAACUAUUCAAAGCUAAAUUAGGUUUCCUAGGCGACAAUGAGGACGAUAACUAUUUGAUUGCAUUCCUUCUAAAACUCAUGGAAGAUACAAAAGCGGAUUUUACAAUGACUUUUCGGGAGCUCAGUGAGAUUUCAGAAGACCAGCUGCAGAGCAUCAGCAUUCCUAAGGAAUUUUGGGCUCUGCAAGAUGUGGCUAAACACAAGCUCUUUUCCAGCUGGGUUGUGUUGUACCUCUUGAGGUUAAAAAGGAACUUGGGUGAUUCUGAUUCCAAGCGAAGCAAAAGAAUGAUGAAUAUAAAUCCUAGGUACGUGCUCAGAAACUGGAUGGCCGAGUCAGCUGCGCAAAAGGCAGAAAGGAAUGACUUUUCUGAGGUCCACCUCUUGCAGCAGGUUUUGCAACACCCCUUUCAGAGGCAGGCAGUGGCUGAGAGAGCUGGUUAUGCACAACACCCCCCUGCAUGGGCUAAAGACAUUAAAGUCAGUUGUUCAUCUUGAUGAAAAGAAACUGAG